AUGGAUGCUGUUCAUGCAGAGAGGUCGAAGUUGGUCCAGCGGCAGAAGCAGCAGCGACAGGAGCUGGAGAAGAAAAUCAAGAAGCUCAAAGGUGCCAUGAAAGAGGCUGCACAGAAGGAGCUGGACGAGCUGGAGCAGCAACACGAGGCUGAACUGACCAGCUUCGAUGCGAACAAGGGUGUGGCGGAAGGCCCAAGCAAAGAAGUUAUGGCAGAAGGCGAUUCUUCUUCGAUUAUGCAGGAUGCGAAAAAGUUCCGUGAACGAAACUGGAGUGGGUUGUCCAAGAAAGAACUGGAGGAGGAAUGUGUUGCAAGAGGCCUGGGAAAGAAAGGCUCAAAGGAAGACCUUGUCCAGAAGCUCAUCAUCUUCCAGCAGGAGUUAGCCUCAAAGCUGGCAUCGGAGGAGGCCAAAGCUUCGACAGCUUCCAAAGGCUAUGCUGCCGCGGCACCAGCUGCAGCUAAAGCUGGCAAGGAUGACGAUGACGAAGAUGACGAGGAGGCAGAGGAAGACGAAGAUGACGACGAGGACGACGACGACGACGAAGACGAGGCUGACGAGGUAGACGCGGAGGAAAUGGAACGGCAGGGAAAGCGAGAAAAGGCAAUCCAGAAGGCGCUGCGAUUUCUCCUGACAGAGAAGUGCCCG